GCAAAAGGGUUUCUCUGAAAUCCCUAGCAGCUGGCUGCUUAUAUCUCACUGGUCAGAACUGUGGUACAAGGCAACCCCUAACUGAAGGGGUUAGUCUGAAAAGACUAGUGUUUUGGCUGGGCACAUUGUCACCGCAAGCAAAAACCUGUAUUUCCUUUAGAAAUCCUUUCUAAAGGAAGGAGGAAGAAUGAAUAUUGACAUAGCAAUUAGCAAAUUCUACACACUAUGUAUAGCAGUAUCUAUAUUCUACUGUUGUAAGGUUCCUGAACAGUGUUGUCUUAGAAAAAGUGAUGACUUUUUAGAAGAUGGAUGUGACAUUGGUAUUCAAGAAAUUUUUAAAGAUGGAGAAAAAAGGUCUGAAAGAUUGGAUGGAAACUGUUGAAAGUAACCUAGGAGUAAAGUGGGCACUUGAACUACAGUCCUAGAUCUAGGAAUGGAAACAAAGAAGCUAAGAGUCAUUUCUAAGGAAUAGUGAACAAGAUUUUCUAAUAAUCACCCCAAAAUGCAUGGUCCAUGUGCAAGGUGUUGGCAGGAUGACUUCUUGGUUUCCUCCCUCCCUCCUUCACCUCCUCCCUUUCUUCCUUAUUUUUUUACAUAAAGUUAGCAUUUAGGGUGUAUGGGAGAAAACUUAUUAAAUGGAGAAAUUAACAAAGAAAAAUGCUAGAAGGAGAUAUAUUGAGGCAAUUACAAAUCCUGGAGUAUUAUUACAUUUUAAAGUAAUAAGCACCCAAAGUAUGCAAAAGAAAUGAGCUAUAAUCAAAGUUAUGGAUUCUAAUAUGAAUGUACUCCUUCCUGGGAAUGUAAAUAAGUAUUGCUCUCCAGGACGACUCUCUAAAUGACAACACAUAACAUUAUUAGAACAGAUUAGAAUAUAAAACACAUUUGUGAUUAAAAAGCAAGAUGAACCAGAUCUGAAAACAAAUUGUUUCUUUUGAUGACUAAUCCUAAACAGUAACAAAGCAUUCUGCCUAUUUGUUAGAAGGGAGGUAGAAGGGAAAGAGUACAAGGAAAGAAUUCCACGACUUUUCUGUAGUUUUAUCUACUUGUUUGUGCUACCAAACAGAACAAGAUCAUUUUACGACUAGAAAACUAUUACAAUUUGAAAUUUUAUCACUUCAAUAUGUUAAUAAGUCCCAGUAAUUUCACAAAGCAGUGAAGACUCAGAAAAGUUUAGGAAUUAGUCUGGACUACAAGGGGAUGACAGUGUUGUGGGGAAGCAGGUCACUGGAGGCACAAACCAGGGGAGUUGAGAGGAAGAAGGCACUAAUUCUGAGGGCUGGAGCAUGCCUGUGCUUUGACAUUUUAUGAUUCUGCAGUGGCAUAAAUAGGAUUUGACUUUUACCCUGGAAGCUUUUACACAACUUAAUUACACAGUAAUUACCGGGGGAGGACCUGACAUUGCCCCAAAUCGAAGGGUCUCACCCUUAGCAUCCCAAAGUUGCUUCUCAGUACUGGGGAAGGAGCCAAGGAAAAACUCAGGGAUGGGUGGAAUGGAGAAACUGGAUUAGUCGUAUUUGCACUGUGUGACUCUGUAAUUACUGUGAAUCUUCACAUCAGACUCAUCUUUAUCUGAACUUCCAAGGUUGAAUGUAAUUUAUUUUUGUCUUAUAUACACCUGCUUUUCUUGGUGCAGCUAAUUAAAGGUCAGCCCACUUUUCAAGUCACCAAAGUCUUCAUCUGCUCUGCAGGAUACAUGAUAGGGAAGGCUGGGGCACUGGUUGGGGAGAGGGAAGGUUUUCCUCACAUCCACAGAUACUCUUUCAUCUGUUUCAUGUUACUCUAAUUGAAGUUUUAAUGAUAAAAAAGGAAAUAGAGGAAUAUCUUCAAAGAAAAUAUUUUUUAAAGUUUUUAUUUAAAUUCUAGCUAAUUGACAUACACUGUAACAUUAGUUUCAGAAGUAGAAUUUAGUGAUUCAUCACUUACAUCAGAACACCCAAUGCUCAUCACAAGCGCCCUCCUUAAUACCCAUCACCCAUUUGGCCCAUCCCCCACCCUCUUCUCCUCCAGCAACCCUCAAGUCUGUUCUUUCUAGUUAAGAGUCUCUUAUGGUUUGCCUCCCUCUUUUUUCCCCUUUGUCUAUAUUCAUCUGCUUCAUUUCUUUAACUCCUAAUAUAAGUGAAUUCAUAUGGUAUUUGUCUUCAUCCAACUGACUAAUUUCACUUAGGAAAAUACACUUUAGCCCCAACCACAUCAUUGCAAAUGGCAAGAUUUCAUUCUUUUUUAUGGCUAAUAUUCCAUUGUGUGUGUGUGUGUGUGUGUGUGUGUGUGUACACACCAUAUCUUCUUUAGCCAUUCAUCAAUCAUCAGACAUUUGGGCUUUUUCCAUAAUUUGGCUAUAGUUGAUAAUGCUGCUAUAAACAUCGGGGUGCAUGUGCCGAUGUUUUUUUUCAUUGGUGUUUUUGUAUCCUUUGGGUAAAUAUCGAGUAGUGCAAUUGCUGGGUCGUAGGGUAGUUCUACUUUUAACUUUUUGAGGAACCUCUAUACUGUUUUCCAGAGUGGCUGCACCAGUUUGCAUUGCCACCAACACUAUAAGAGGGUUUCCCUUGAAAGAAAAUAUUUUUUAAGAUUGGAGCAGCUGGGUGGCUCCAUCAGUUCAGCAUCCAACUGCGGCUCAGGGCAUGAUCUCGCAGUUUGUGAGUUCAAGUCCCAUAUCGGGCUCACUGCUGUCAGUGCGGAGCCCACUUUGGAUCCUCUGUCCCCUACUCUCUCUCUGCCCCACCCCCACUCAUGGGCUCUCUCUCUCUCUCAAAAAUAAACAUUUAAAAAAUAAAUAAAUAAGAAUAAAUUUUAUUUAUUUAUUUUGAGAGAGAGAGAGAGAGAGAGAGAGAGAGAGAGAGAGAGAUGAAGAUGGAGACGGAGACAGAGUGAGCAGGGCAGGGGCAAGAGACAGCAGGAGAAAGAAUCUCUGUACUGUCAGUGCAGAGCCCGAUGCAGGUCUCAAUCCCACAAACCUUGAGAUCAUGACCUGAGCCAGAAUCAAGAGUUGGACACUUAACCAACUGAGCCGCCCAGGCAUUCCUUGAAAGGAAAUGUCAUUCGGCUUCUUGUUCUCUCAUCAGCUAAUCAACCUGCCAGUUCAAGGAUCCUCCAUUGUAGCUCCUAGAAUAUUUUUCUCCACAUAUAUCUGUCAGUUUCUUCUCCCAGAUAGUGAGUACUUUUAAGUUAGCAUUUGGUUUAUUAGACAUCAUCGUCUGGCUUCCACACAGUGCAGGCACAUAGGAAGCACCUGAAGCAGUUUGCUGAGUGACACCUUUAAGGAGGCUUCUCCAAGUCUGAGUCUUUGCAGUUGCUUUAUUUGCCUGGGUGAAAAAGAUGCAUGCCCAAAUAUAAACCAGGGUUAACUAUUCCAGGGGCACCAGGGAUCUUGGGUAGAAAACUUGAAGAGUCCAAAGAAAUGUUUCAAAAUAAUUCUUCAGCACUCAAAAAGAAGGGGAUCCCAAGUCUAAUUUUGUCUGAAUGUCUGCUGUUUCAAAGUCAAUAUGUAUUUUUAUUUUAUUAAUGCAAGUAUUUGAAUAGCUAAGUCAGUCACAGUGUGCAAAAAUAUAGUUGAAGGGUAUAUAAUUAAAAGUUUCCUCUCCACCCAGAGAACCUUACACCCACAGGGCACCGUCCUACAGAUUAUGACGGCAAUGCUCCAUCCUGAAUUGGUAACUCGACCGCUGGAUUCCCAAGCCUUCCUCUACCAGCUAUACAGUCUUCCUCCUCAGAGGCAACAAGUAUUACCAGAUUCUUGUAUUUCCUUCAAGAGACAGGCUAUAGGUACAAGUACAUGAGGUGAUAAAUGUAUACACUGCAUUUUCCAAGAAUGCUUUUAGUGAGCAGAAUCAACAGAAAAAUCAACAUGAAGCAGGGCAAUGAGAAGACCUUGAACUAAAAAGUGUGAAGGGAAAACUGGUAUCCAGGAUGAAAAGCAAUCACUCAUCAGAAGAUGGAAAUAGAGCAGGAUUUUUUCCACAUAAAAAUAAAAAGAAAAGAUGAAAUCAAAGACCCCUCUGCCCAUUAGGAUAGGCAUUUCCACGAGACUAAUGGGCAUUUGCCCAGAGAAUCAUGGGGGAACUUGCAAUUGUGGAAAAACUGAGAGAAAUUCUUAUGCCCCUCCUUUCUAGGAUAUUGUUUGUUAGAAUGUGGGCAUGUUCUACUCUAUGGUGACACAUACCCUCUGUAGCAUUUGAUCAAUGGGCAUUUCCAGAGCCCUCUCAAAUUCAUUCAUAUUAUUUCAGUGUCAACUUCCAGGUCAAAGGAAUACGGUGCACAUAGGCUAAGGAUGCCAUAACAGGAUGAAGCAAGGUGGCGGCCAUGCUUUCUGAAAAGCAAAACUCUAGUCAUUGCUACACCUUAGCUAAACCACCUUCCUCACCACAGUUGUUCUUGGCAGCUUAUUGAUGUGAAGUUGACCUGGGCUGGAUUUCGGCCAGGGCAAGUCAACCAGUUAUUCCUUCUUUCAGGUAACAUCAAAAUUCUGCUUGGAAUCAGGGAAGAAGAGCAAGCUAGAGCAUGGGACUUGUCUGAUAAAUUCCCACACAAUCGCUGGAUCCCAACAAUAGAUAAGGAAAAUUGCCAAGGAUGCAGAAGGAAAUGAAGAUGAUCAAAGAUGAGGAUGUGCAUUUCAAUCUGGGUGUGAAGAGAGCCCCCUCCUUUCCCCACUGCCUGCAGCCAGUGGUUUCCCGAGGGAAGGCUCCCCAAAGACACCCCUUCCCAGAAGCUCUCCGGGGGCCUUUUUCCCAGUUUCGAUAUGAACCUCCUCCAGGACACCUAGAUGGAUUCCCGGGGGUCUUUGAAGGAGGAGGGUCUCGAAAACGGAAGAGCAUGCCCACCAAGAUGCCCUACAGCCACCCUGCGGAAGAGGCCCCUCUCGCCCUCCACUCCGAGGAGAGCAAAAACCACGGCCCUCCGAACCUCUCCCUGCUCUUCCCGCAGCCCCCGCGCCCCAAGUAUGGCUCGCAAAUGAUCGACCUGUGCAACGUGGGCUUCCAGUUCUACCGCACCCUGGAACACUUGGGGGGCAAGCCGGUCAAGCAGGAGCCCGUGAAGCCCAGCGCCGUGUGGCCCCAGCCGACGCCCCCUCCGUUCCUGCCCGCGCCCUACCCCUACUACCCCAAGGUCCCCCCGGGCCUCAUGUUCCCCUUCUUCAUGCCCUCGGCCUCCCCCUUCCCCUUCAGCCGGCACACCUUCCUGCCCAAGCAGCCCCCGGAAGCGCUGCUGCCGCGCAAGGCCGAGCCUCAGGAGAGCGAGGAGGCCAAGCAGAAGGUGGAGCGGGUGGACGUGAACGUGCGCAUCGACGACAGUUACUACGUGGACGUGGGCGGGGCGCAGAAGCGCUGGCAGUGCCCCACCUGCGAGAAGUCCUACACCUCCAAGUACAACCUGGUGACCCACAUCCUGGGCCACAGCGGGAUCAAGCCGCACGCGUGCACCCGCUGCGGGAAGCUCUUCAAGCAGCUCAGCCACCUGCACACCCACAUGCUCACCCACCAGGGCACGCGGCCCCACAAGUGCCAGGUGUGCCACAAGGCCUUCACGCAGACCAGCCACCUGAAGCGCCACAUGAUGCAGCACAGCGAGGUGAAGCCGCACAACUGCCGCGUGUGCGGCCGGGGCUUUGCCUACCCCAGCGAGCUCAAGGCCCACGAGGCCAAGCACGCCAGCGGGCGCGAGAACAUCUGUGUGGAGUGCGGCCUCGACUUCCCCACCUUGGCCCAGCUCAAGAGGCACCUCACCACUCACCGUGGCCCCAUCCAGUACAGCUGCUCCGAGUGCGACAAGACCUUCCAGUACCCGAGCCAGCUGCAGAACCACAUGAUGAAGCACAAGGACAUCCGGCCCUACAUCUGCUCCGAGUGCGGCAUGGAGUUCGUGCAGCCCCACCACCUCAAGCAGCACUCCCUCACCCACAAGGGUGUGAAGGAACACAAAUGUGGGAUUUGCGGGCGGGAGUUCACUCUGUUGGCCAACAUGAAGAGACACGUGUUGAUUCAUACCAACAUCCGCGCCUACCAGUGUCACCUGUGCUACAAGAGUUUUGUGCAGAAACAGACCCUCAAGGCACACAUGAUCGUUCAUUCUGACGUGAAGCCUUUCAAAUGCAAGCUGUGUGGGAAGGAAUUCAACCGGAUGCACAACCUAAUGGGCCACAUGCACCUGCACUCCGACAGCAAACCCUUCAAGUGUCUCUACUGCCCAAGCAAAUUCACCCUAAAGGGGAACCUGACACGCCACAUGAAAGUCAAGCAUGGAGUCAUGGAGCGGGGCCUCCAUUCUCAAGGUUUUGGAAGGGGGCGAAUCGCCCUGGCGCAGACAGCAGGAGUGCUGAGGGGUCUGGAGCAGGAAGAGCCCUUUGACCUUUCCCAGAAGCGUGGAGUGAAGGGGCCGGCAUUCCAGUCAGAUGGGGAGAGUGCCCGGGGCAGCUCCUGCCAUGAGGAAGAGGAGGAGGACAAUAGCUAUGAAGUGGGUGGAGACAGCCCCGGCCUGGAGCCCCAACCCAGGCAGCCCUGCACCCCCCAGGAUCUCACCACCCAGCCCGAGCAGGCUCCCAGGGUGCUUGAGGACACCUGUGAGGAGGAAAAGGAGGACAAGCCAAACAGAGAGCACCAGGAGAGGAACAAGGACAGCCUGGGGGCAGAGGGCAGCCUGGAGAGAGAAUCUGCCCACAAGGAAGAGUGUCUCCGUCUCAGGGCUCUGCAGAGUGCUCGGAGGGGCCCCUCCUUUUCUGAUUACCUGUACUUCAAGCACAGAGAUGAGAGUUUAAAGGAAUUACUGGAGAGGAAAAUAGAAAAACAAGCAGUGCUUUUAGGUAUCUAAGUGGACAGCUCUAAAAUUACAUUUGGAAAAUGAGAAUAGGCAGUUCAAAUAUAGCUUUCUGCACGAGCUGUCAUUUGCUGGAGACAGGCAAAUGGCGCAGAUCUUUACAAAUGGCCUGGACUAAACGAGCAGGGAUUGUCCUCACUAAUACAAAUGCUUCUCAGGUCAUUCCUUGGGCCCUUGAUUUUUAACAUGCAUGCGGGGGCUUCUUCAGUGCUAUUUCAUGCUCCUCCAGUAUAAUAAGCUGUACAUAUUCUAGAUACCUAAUUCUAAGCAGAUGCUGAGGUGCUUUUAGAAAUUGUUUUCCUUUGACUAAUAUAUAAUACAUGGUAGAUUUCUUUUUAGUUGCAAAAAUAUGGUGCUUGACAUGUUACCUUAUUAAUGAUGAUUUAGUUGAAUGUGUGGAAGUUAUAAUAUUUUUCCAGAUAGAUGAAAAUAUUAGUAGUUGUAUAUAUAAAAAUCACCUUUAUUGAAUCAUCCACAAUGCCAAAAAUGACAAAGGAGGGUGAGGUAUUGAAGAGAAUAUUCUCAAGUAGUUUCUGCAUGUUUAAGAAAACAGGAAUAAUUUUAACUAAUGAAAACCCAGCAGAACUUAGAUCCUUGCCUGGGUCUGCCUUGUUCUGCAGCAGCUUCCGUCAUCAGGUAUGGCUUGUGGCGCGCAUUUUCAGAUGGUCCCCAAAGUGGUCAGUGUGUCCCAGCUCACCCCUUGUGUCCUGAGCAGAGCCCCCUCCUGGAGACCUUGCUCUGAGGCCUCAUGCCCCACAAGGCAGCUGCAGGAAGCCUUAGGCGCAGUGGGUUUCUCUUCUCAGUGCCAGACCAGGGAUGUGGGGAGGAAUUCUUGAAAUCUGAUCACUGCUUAUUUAGAGUAUUAUGCUAACCAUCAGGUAGUUACUGGUAAGCAGAUUCUGGGCUGUGUUCUCAAAGCUGCCUGCAUAUCAGAAUCAUCUAGGGGAACCUUAAAAAAUAAUACCAAGGCUGAGCCUCAGCUGCUGAGAGUCUGAUUUCAUUGGUCUAGUGGAGCCCCAAUAUGGGUAUUUGUUUAAAAGUUUCCCCCAGAGGAUUCUUCUGUGCAGCCAGGGUUGAGAAAGAUGGACGAGGUUAAAAUGGUGGCUCCCAAGACUCCUCCCAGGGACUCCAUAAAUAUUUGUUUCUGCCUUCAGAUUCAUUAAAAUAUGGAGUAGGAGACCUUGAAAUCAUCCUGCUGAUUUAGGGCUUCUCACCUGUUCUGUAAGAGCCUCUUGACAUGAACACGCACAUGCACACACACAACACACACACACGUACUCUUGUAUAAUCACACAAUUUUGUACUAGAAGAUGAUGCCUGUGAUGUUUAUGGUCACUUAAUAAGUCUAAAAAUACACAGCCCACCAACAGUGACUAAUUAUUUCUUCCUAGAUGCUUGAAUCGUGAUUCUAGUCAGGGGUGAAGACUACCGUGGGUGGCUUGAGCCCAGCAGUAGGCUUUCCUUAGGCAUGGGUGCCGAAUAAAGCAGUGCCUACAGGAUGUCGCAUACCUGUGACUAGCCGUAAGCAGUAACCCUCUGGUACUGUGUCUGUGUUUAUGUAAAAACUGCCUCUUGGUUGGUAGUCUCAACUCUUAUUCGUAGAGGUAGGUACUGUUUAUUACUUUGCUUUCUCUUCUCCUAAAGUUCCCAGUACAUUUCUUUAGACCACCUGGCCCAUCUCUGACUGCUGGAUGUGGCUUUUUCUUUUGGCCAAGGUGCUUCCCCCUCAGCCGCAUCUACUUCGAAUCAUCCACCCGUGGGCUUUGUCAAUCUUGACACGUUUCUCCUGCUACCUUGCUUAAAGCUCUUUCUUUCAGCCUCACCACCAUGACAAAGUGCCAAAGCUGCCUGGGUUUCCUACUGCCACCCAUGCCCUGAGGUCAAGCACCUGCAAAGGGGAUGGUGAGUGGAAUAGUGUGGGUUUCUGUGGUGCAAGCACAGCUCUGUGCCAGGAAACUGUUCCAAGUCUUCAGAGGGGCAACUUGCCUUCCGUUCAUUUUGAAUAUCGCUCAUUAGUGCCUCUGAUGACAUCACUCACAAGGCUGGCAGCAUGGUCUGUGAGACCUCCGGCUCUUGGGGUCCUGUUACGUGUUCAUUCUUUCAGUAGCUCUGUGUCAAAGACAUACUGUAUGGGCUGCAGACUUCCGGUUCAUUCUGGGUAUGGAACAGGAACAGGCUGGAACAGGAACCAGGAAAUCCAGAAUAGCAAACUCUAGUCUUUUCCAACCAAAUGAAUCAUGUGGGUAUGUUUGAGGAACAAGUUCAUGUUGAGAUGGAGAGAGCAUGGUCUAGAAUGGAGGUUUCCAAAUUGUGGAUCGAGGAGUCAGAGGUCCCUCUUGGGUCCCUCCAGAGCUGCCAGGGAAGAAGGAGAGACUCUCAGCCCUCAUUCCCACUUCACUCAAAGUGGUUCAAAUUUCAUUUGUUUUUCAUGUUAGCCUUCCAAGUAAAAUUUCAUUUUGAGGGAGAAAAAAAUAUCUAAGGAAAGUAAUUUAAAAAGUGUUAUGAAGUAUAUUAUAAAGCCUGUUUUUAGUUCUUAACUCUGGGUAUGAGAGACUUAAUUAGAUCUAGCCUGAGGGUAAAUAUACACUGACUCUGUGAGAAAUGUGGCCAAAAUCUUGGUAUUGUAUGUUGUUGAGUGACCAACAUCCUGGUUUACCUGGAACAACCCUGGUUUAUAGCUUUGUCCCAGAGUAAUUACUAAGAGUGUCACUUUAACUCUCAAAAGUAUCCCAGUUUGGGUGCCUGGGUGGCUCAGUUGGUUGAAUGUCUGAGUCGUGGUUUUGGUUCAGGUCAUGAUUUUGAGGUUCAUGAGACUGAGCCCUGAGUCAGGCUCCGCAUUGACUGUGCAGAGCCUGCUUAGGAUUCUCUCUCACUCUCUCUCUCUCUCUC